AUGGGAUCUCUCCGCUCCGAUUCAGUGCUCAAUGCCUUCGACGGCGUAGAUGGAACUCCACCCGCAUUCCCGGCCGACAUGCCAGUCGCUCAUAUCUCGAACAUUUCACAUCAGAAGAUCCUGGACGGAGAUGUCGAAGAGAUUGCCAGAGUAAUCAAGUCCGCUAGAGACAAUGGCUUCUUCCGCGUUGACCUGCGCGAGUCGGAAAUUGGCAAGAAGUUUCUGGAGGCGGCCAAAAACAUGUUUGCGCUGGCCAAAGAGACGUUCGAUCUCCCAACGGAGACGAAGCUCGAUGACAGCAUCCUCAACCACGGCGAGGAUCUGUUUGGGUACAAGGGGCUGGGAGCUUCCGUCGUAGACAAAGAUGGAACUCCUGAUAACAAUGAGCAGUACUGGAUCAGCUGUGGAGAUAUCGAGGGUACCGGCAGACACUCGCGUGCCAUCUACAACGAUGUGAUCAACGGCAAGAAUGCCCAGCUCAAAGAGUUCAUCGAUCUUGGCAAGGCUGUCACGGACAGAUUCCUAGAGGUCUUCUCCGCCGUCCUCGCAAUUCCACCUGAGAGCGAGGAUUACUUGACAAAGCUGUACAGCCAUACCAACGACUGUGGCAGCCACGUCCGUCUCCUGAAGUGUCCACCUAAGCCUCAAGAUGCCAAAGUCAGCCUGCAGCCGCACACUGACUGGGGCAUGAUGACCGUCCUGUUCAACAUGCUGGGUGGCCUCCAGAUCUACGUCCCGGAGGACCGCGUCGCCCCGGGCGAAGAAGCCGGGUGGAAGUAUGUCAAGCCCGAGCCAGGAAUGGCGAUCUUCAACCUGGGCGACGCGUUCGUGAAGUGGUCAGAUGGCGAGCUCAAGAGCAGCAUCCACCGUGUCACGAACCCGCCCGGGGAGCAAGCCAACUACACACGGUACAGCCUGGCAUACUUCACUCGUCCCAACAACGAGGCCCUGUUGAAGCCACUGGGUAGGAAGGUUGGGCCCACCGAUGCAGCUACGGAGUAUCCGACCUUUUUGAAGUGGGCUAUGAGGAGAGCCAUGGCUGGAAAGACCGAUGGCUUCAAGAAGGGUGAUUGGGAGAAGGGCCAGGGAACAGAAACGGCUUUGAGUGCUCAAGCAAGGGUUGCCGCCUGA